GACAAGUUAAAAAAAUGCUAAAAGAGGCGAUUUGUGAAGGUUAUGACAUAGUUUAAACCAUCUUAAGUUGAUCCUAUAAGAACAUUCUUUGGAGUAUGACGAAAAAUAGAGGCUGAGAUAUAUAAUAUGCCUAUAUUUGAUCGAGACAUUCCACGGUUGGUUAUUCCACCAGUGAUCACCAAGAAGUUGAAAGUAUGUUUGACUGAAAUACUGUCUGCUACUCAUUUCUGGUUUUACUUCAUUGGACCUAGGCAUAGUCAGGCCCUCAAUGCUAUGAACAGGGAUAUGACUAAGUACUACAAACUCAGAGAUGAUGAUUAUAGAAUUUAUGAUAAGUCGGAAAUUGUGCCUGGGUUGGCAGUAGCCACGAAAUACCCUGGAAAUGUGACCUUUAAUCGAGGAAUAGUGAAGAGUGUAAACGUGUCAGAUUUUGAAGCCACCAUAUUCUUCUGUGAUUACGGCUCUGUUGCUAACAUCCACGUUUCUGAAUUAUGGUUCCUUGAAGAGCCAUAUGGGAAUCUAGAACAGCAAGCAGUUCUUGGAAGGAUAUGGGGAUUAGAUGCUAAGACGGAGACUGAUGCAGGGUUUAAACUCCUGGUUGAUCUGGCUUUAAGUAGUGUACAGGGAUUUGAGGCAAAGAUUAUGGUUGGUACAUUGAUUGGUCCAACUCCGUCUCCUCUUCCCCUUGUUCUCAGGGAUAUCAACAGAGACAAAAAUAUAGCCAAGCUUUUUGUGAAGAAGGGUCUAGUCAAAUACCAAUUGAUGAAGAAAGAAGAUUUAGAACAGAAGUUGAAGAACGAAGCACUUUACUCAGAUCUACUCUAUGAACAGACCUUCUAUAAAGAACGUUUACUGGGUGAGAUGAGAAAAUUGAACGACCCCGCGACUGAAAGGAUGGAAAGAGUACUUCUGGAAAUUAUUGAGGAGAAUGAUAAGAAACUUAAAGAAUGGAAUAAAGAAAUGUCAUCCGACUCGACUGAGUUUAGCCCUCCCUACCUCGUGGAAGUGCUGGAUUGCCCUUCCUCCUGCGAGCCCAGAGCUAAAUCCUUUUCCAGGUUUCCGCAGUUGAAAAAACCCCGGUCCCUGAUCAAUCACGAGUUCAAAGUUUUGAGGAUUUCAAGCAACCCUGAUAAGUUCCAGGUUGAUGAAGAGGAAAGAGAACCUGAAAGAACAAAGGUCAAAGAUAACCUAGAGAAGUUUGAAGUAAAUGAGAAGAUAAAAAAAGUUAAAACUGACAAAGAGAUUAAAGGAAACAAGAAAGAGAGUACUUCCUGUGAAGCACCAAAGCACUGUGUGGAGAAGGAGAAGACUGACAAAUCAAAGAAGAAAAUGAAGCCGACUAAAGAGCCUCAUGAGAAGAUCUUCAAGGCAAAGACGGAAAAAUCGAAGAAGAGUGUGAAGGCAACUAAAAAGCCCAAUAAAGAAAAAAACGACCUGCGCAGUGUCAUGAAAUCCAAUCCAACUCUAACCCAAGAAAUACUCUCUGUGAUGCUGAAACAACCAGCAGACGUUGCCUCCAUAAUCCUCAAGGAUUAUAAAACUCACGUCUCUAAGAAGAAGAACCCUAUCAAGAAGACGGAAUUAGACCCAGACCUGGAUAAAAAUUCUCAGAUUGUAUCAAAGAGUAAGGUGUGUAUCCAGGUACUGAAGCUGCCUGGUGGAACGGAUCUCCGUCUAGUAAAGAUAAAUAAUAAGACCUGGGUAUCUAGCCAGGAUAUAGUUCAACUCUUCCCAGCAAUCCGAGCUCAUCCUAUGAAUAGCUUAGAUAGGUUGUUAAAGUGUAAGAAGCUUGAUAUAGAACGUUUGAUGGUUUGUAAGGAUCAAGGUGAGAUCUGGGAAGGAUUGAAGGAUUGUAAGGAUCAAGAUAAGAUCGGGGAAGGAAUGAAGGACCCCCUGGAACAAGAAGAGGAGAAGAUCCUGUAUUCUUUGAACCAUCUGCCGUUGAUUAUCCGUGCACUGUCUCAAAGUCCAGCCAGCGCUGAAGUGUUAAUCGGCAUGAUCAAUUCUAAUAUGUGCUAAAGCAUUGAUCAGCAGAUUCAAUUCUAAUAAGAUCUCGAGAAUUAAUCAACAUGAUCAAUUCAAAUAAGUGCUAAAGCAUUGAUCAUCAUAAUAAAUUCAAGUGAAUGCAAAAUCAUAAUCAGCAUAAUCAACUCAUAGAAGCUUUGAUCAACAUAAGCAUUUCAAAUAAGAGCUUUAUUAUCAAGUCUUUCUUCAAAAUAUUCAACAUUUGCUUUAGGGCAAUUAAUUGUUUCCUAGUUCGGUUCAAAUACAAAAAUGUAAUCUUAUGUAUAGGUUGGAUUUAUUCAAUAGCAAGUAGUUAAACUUUGUAUGGAUAGUGGAACCACUUCUCUGGUACACUUGGUAUUAAGAAGAGAAGAUCAACUACCUGUAUCUAGUUCAUCUAGUUCUUGCUUUGCAUUUUAUCUGAGCCCAUGUUUAAAAUCGGAUGAAGGCUAAAAUUCUUUUUUAGUUCUAAGACGGUGUAAAUGUAAAUUCAGAAUAAAAUGUCGGUGACUGAAAUGUCAAAACAGAUAUGUGUGAUUCAUGUGUUGGAUUUUUUCCGAAAUUUUCUUUUUUUUGGGAAUAAAGUUUUUGUUUAAAUUUC